AUGUCUCUCUUGUCGCUUACCACAAGAUGGCCGCUGAUGCUAUCCGCUCUUUUCUGGGCUGUUUCUUUUUGUCCGCAAUCCAUCCAUGCUGCCACCAUCAUGGACACGGACAGCAAUUUGGAAAUGGCUGUUUCUGUUUUAGAUUGGAUUCACAACGCCGAAGGAGGCUAUUUCAAUCCCAAACAAGCUUUGCAAAAGACUGAAAACUCGACGCAAUCGCCUGUGGGCGUCUUUGCAGUCGAGGAUAUUGAAGAAGGCGAAGUGUUAAUGACCGUCCCGUGGGAGUUGAUCAUCAAGAGCCACGACAAGAACGAAGAAGGACAGAUGUGUUGCGGAACUGUAGCAGCUGUACUCAAGGAGAUGAAACUAGGAGAAAAAUCCAAGUAUCAUCCUUAUCCAGCCUAUCUCAAAUCUCAGCCGGACAACGAUUUGCCUUCCAAUUGGAGCGAAAAGGCCAAGGAUCUAUUGUAUGAAAUUGUGGGGGUUCCUCAGGGAAAUGAUCCCAGGACUUCUGAUUUUGAUAGUAUUCCGCCAGAGGAACCCAUUGAAUGGUUGGAACUGGAUUUUAAUCAAAAGUGUCACGGAUCUCGUCGGGACAACAUGGCCAGGCAUGCGGCUUUGCUGGUAGUCCAACGCAGUGACGACUAUAUCAUGGUUCCGGGAUACGAUUUUUACAACCAUCGGAAUGGAAAGUAUCACAAUACCGAGAUUCGUUGGGAACACGAGUCACCGCACGUUACCAAGGCGUCGCGUGCCAUUCAAAAGGGAGAACAAAUCUUUAAUUCCUACAAUUUUUGUGCCGAAUGUGAAGGACGAAGAUCUCAUUAUGGUGCUGCAGAAAUUCUUCGCGAUUACGGAUUUGUCGAGGAAUACCCACAACGUUGGUACUACAAUAACUUGGGUGGUACCAUUCAGUUUGAUAUCGACGAGGACGAAGAAACGGGCGAGGUCAAGAUUGUAGACUGGCCCACUCGCUUUAUCCCCAAGGACGAAUACCUUCGCUAUGCUCGCGUUUGGGUCCGACGACAAUUGCGACGUCAACGACGGAUUCAAAAUCUCAACUUUCAUCGGACCAAAUGGCCCAAAAUUCCAGAACGAGAAUGGCAAAUCAUUUGGGACUUUCACAAGGGGAAUACACUGGCAUUGGAACUUGCCCGCGAGUUUUUGGACAAGCAAUACGAACAGGUCAAAUUGGAAAGCCAGGGUGGUGCACUCCAAUGUUCCAGUCCCGGAGAUGCCGCGUGUGCCACCAAUGUCACGGCAGCACUGACGUAUGAAGAAGGAGACCAUCACUACGAUCUACUCAAGUACGAGCCGGAUGAUUUGGAUUAUAUCAGCCCUACUUGCGACAAUGGAGAAGUCAUGAUGUUCCACGAUUACACGCACUUGGAAUCCCUUCAGACCAACUAUCAGCCGGUUGGAUUUGAGUAUAAUGAAGAAAUGGACGAUGUGUGCAUGGAUAUUGAUAACAUUGUCCAAAUCUGUUCCUGCUACCGUCCACAGUACCACGAAUUUGUCACACAUUAUGCGGCACGAUUCAUUGAUACGGUCAAGCGGGUCCUCUUUGUGGGUGGUGGUGAUUCCAUGCUUCUGUUUGAAGCCUUGAAGUACCCCACUUUGGAAAAGGUGGUGGGAUUGGAAUUGGAUCAAACCAUUACACGAAAGUCCUUCAAGUAUUUUCAAACCCAGCCUCAUUUUGAUGACGAACGUGUCGAGUGGUGGUUUGGAGAUGCUACCAAGAGUAUGUUGCUACUGCCAGAAGAAUAUUGGGGAUCCUUUGAUUUGGUCUUGGUGGAUCUGUCCGAAACCGUCAUGUCCCUUUCCGUCACGAAGGAAUUGGAUGUCUUUGAUGCUUUGGCGUUGCUAUUGAACAAGGAUGGUGUCAUUGUCAAGAACGAACUGUACUUGGAACACUUUUCGGAUGUCUUUGACUACACGGUCCAAAUUCUAUACGAUUCUCCAAUCAUUUGCUCCCAAGUCGUUGCUUUGGGCAGUAACAAGGUCGACUUUUUGCACGAUGACGCCAAGGAUCACGAAAUCCCCAAUCUACUGUACACCCCACUCACAAAGGAUGACAAUCGUUUCGAUUUGAUGCACGAUUACCGCAAGAACGAUGCCCGGGCGAUUGGGAAGUGCGAUACCAUUACUCCACCCAUUGAUACGUCCAAGCAAGACACCAGUGCCGGUAUUUUGGAAAUUGUCAAUGCCGAAGAGGUUUCUAUUGCAUUCGAUGACAAGGCCAAGAUUGUCAAGCUACUCCAGGAUGUCGCUACUGAACAAGGAUUCACUGUGGGUCCUAGCAAAGCCUACAGUGGGAACCUGGUGGUUGCCGUACUCAAGGAAGGAUACAUUGCCGCACGUUUGUGGCCGGAACACAACUAUAUUGGAUUCGAUAUCAAUCUAUGGGGCAAGACUUUUGAAAUCAAAUCAUUGAAGAAGGCCUUGACAAAGGCUGUAGAGAGUUCUUUGGUCUCUGCCUACAAAAUUGUCGUUGGAGGUAUGUUUGGAUCCAGUACUUGGAAGGAGGAUCAAGUGAAGAUUGGACCAUACUCCAAGACGGUGACGAAUAUGAAUCGCAACUGCAAGGAACGAGAAACUUCUCCCGAUGUUGCUCCAAUUCCCAAGCGUGCCAUUGAAAUUGCACUGAACCAAACUUUUACACUUUUGGAUUCUGCUUAUGAUACCGUCACGGUUGGUGUUGUUUGUGGAUUGGAAGGUUCGGACUGCAUGUCGUUUGAUAUUGCCGACUCCAAUCCGCUUGUCACGACGGUGUUCAAGUUCCAAACCUGUGAUUCCUUGGAAAGCGAAGAGAAAAUGUUCCAAUGCGAAAAGGCCUUGGCCGAGCAAUGGCAAGAUUUUGUGAAUGAAUCCAACAAGCCGUUCGACAUGCUUAUGGUCGACAGCUCGGCGCCCUAUGAAAUGCUGCAAAUCUUCAAUAGUAUUUUGGAUGCCGACGAAGUUCGUGAAUCCGUUCUCAAUACCGUCAAUGUCGUCUUGGCCUUUACGGCCGAACCAAAGGAAGAAAAGUUCCGCAAGUUCUUUUUGGAUCGUUAUCGCAUUCAGCAUGGAGAUGACCCUGUUGCAAGAGCCGUCUUUGAGUUGACUCAUGCUGGAGAAGAUGUUGUGGAGAUUGGACUUGUCUACUGUGGCAACACCUUGUAUGUGUAUAGUCUGGAAGCUGUCGAGCACAAUAUCAAGGAACGUCUGACCGAUGUGAAGGUGGAGCUUACCACGAUCAAUGCUGGUCUUUUCCCAUAUGACUUCGAUUUCGAACCGGUCAAUUUUGAGCAAAAAGACUACGACAAUGCCCCAGGGUUGAAGCAAUAUGCCGAACAACACCCGCUUGGACGUCAAAAUGUUUUCCAGUUGGAAGCAAAUCGACCUGAUGUUGAGUUGAAGUUUGACGGUCUAUUCAAGAUGUUGAAGACGGCCAUUCAGACUGCUGGAUUUGACGCCUCUGCUGGAAAGUUUGAAAAGACUCAGAAGGUUGGCGAUGGUGGUCUCAUUGUAUACUCGAGCCAGGUUGCCAAUGUUGUUUUGGUAUGGGAUGGUCGAACCCAUGUGGAUCUCAACUUUUUCACCUUUGAAGAAGGCCGCGGGGAGAAGGUGAAUGGAAGCGUACCUGAGAAGUUUAUCACUGGCUUUUUGAGGGCCUCUGAAAAGAGUUUGAAGAUUAAUUUGCGAGAUGACCAACCUCGGGGAACCGGCAGAGUCAUCAACUUUUCCAGCGAUCUUGCCCCUGAAGAAGAAGCAGCAACAUCAUAA